GGCCCCUGCCAGGCUCCGCUGCUCCCCGCCAACGACUCUUACCACGGCCGAAACUGCACCGCCGAGGAAGGGAUCUACCAAGAUGCCACCCCCCUCUCCGGGAAGAUCGUGCUCGCCGUCGUCCUGGCGCUCGUCACCCUGGCCACGGUGCUCUCCAACGCCUUUGUCAUCGCCACGGUCUACCAGACGAGGAAACUCCACACGCCGGCCAACUAUCUCAUCGCCUCUCUGGCCGUCACCGACCUCCUUGUCUCCAUCCUCGUCAUGCCCAUCAGCACCAUGUACACUGUGACCGGCAAGUGGACGCUGGGCCAGAUCGUCUGCGAUAUCUGGCUGUCCUCGGACAUCACCUGUUGCACGGCGUCCAUCCUGCACCUCUGUGUCAUCGCCCUGGAUCGCUACUGGGCGAUCACCGACGCCGUCGAGUACUCCACGAAACGGACUCCCAAGCGGGCAGCGGGCAUGAUCGCUCUGGUAUGGGUCUUCUCCAUCUGCAUCUCCAUGCCCCCUUUGUUUUGGAGGCAGGCGAAGGCUGAGGAAGUCUCUCACUGUGUGGUGAACACGGACCACGUCCUCUACACCGUGUACUCCACUGUGGGAGCCUUCUACUUCCCCACUCUGCUGCUGAUAGCUCUCUACGGGAGGAUCUACGUGGAAGCCAGAUCGCGGAUUUUGAAGCAGACGCCAAAGAAAGCAGGUAAAAGACUAACACGGGCUCAGUUAAUCACAGACUCCCCGGGGUCGUCCUCCUCCGUCACGUCCAUAAACUCCAAGGCCCCCGAGGGAUCCAGCGAAACGGGCUCUCCCGUGUACAUGAACCAGGUGAAGGUGAAGGUCUCGGAUGCCCUGCUGGAGAAAAAGAAGCUCACGGCCGCUAGAGAGCGGAAAGCUACAAAGACUUUAGGGAUUAUUUUAGGAGCCUUCAUCGUCUGUUGGCUGCCCUUUUUCAUCAUCAGCCUGGUGUUGCCUAUUUGCAAGAACGCUUGCUGGUUCCACAUGGCCAUCUUUGACUUUUUCACGUGGCUUGGAUAUCUCAACUCCCUCAUCAACCCCAUCAUCUAUACUAUGUCUAACGAAGACUUCAAACAAGCUUUCCACAAACUCAUACGUUUCCGAUGCACAAGCUGAAAAUUUUGAAUGCGAUGUGUUCUCCGGGGCUGCCC